AGUCACGUGUGGCAGAGGUCCCGCCCCUUUCUGCGGUCCGCGGCGAGGUGGGGCCUGGCGUGUGCCCCGGAAGUGGCUGUCUUCCCCUGACAGCUGCUGAUCGGGAGGUGGAGGCGGCGGCGGAGCUGGAGCAAGAUGGCGCUGCGGCCGGGAACGGGAGCUGGUGGCGGCGGGGCCGCGGGAGCCGGCGCGGGGGCCGCCGGGGGAAGCAGCUUCAUGUUUCCUGUUGCAGGUGGAAUAAGACCCCCUCAAGCAGGCCUAAUGCCAAUGCAGCAACAAGGAUUUCCUAUGGUCUCUGUCAUGCAGCCUAAUAUGCAAGGCAUGAUGGGAAUGAACUACAGUUCUCAGAUGUCCCAGGGACCUAUUGCUAUGCAGGCAGGAAUACCAAUGGGACCAAUGCCAGCAGCAGGAAUGCCUUACCUGGGACAGGCACCCUUCUUGGGCAUGCGUCCUCCAGGCCCACAGUACACUCCAGACAUGCAGAAGCAAUUUGCUGAAGAGCAGCAAAAACGAUUUGAACAACAGCAAAAACUCUUAGAAGAAGAAAGAAAAAGACGCCAGUUUGAAGAGCAGAAGCAAAAGCUCCGACUUCUGAGCAGUGUGAAGCCCAAGACAGGAGAGAAGAGUAGAGAUGAUGCUUUGGAAGCCAUAAAAGGAAAUUUAGAUGGAUUUUCCAGAGAUGCUAAAAUGCACCCUACUCCAGCGUCGCACCCCAAGAAACAAGAUUGUCCCACAUCAUCUCACUCUACUAAAACUGUCUCCCCAUCACCUGCCUUUCUUGAUGAAGAAGAAUUCAGUGACUUUAUGCAGGGGCCUGUUGAAGUUCCCCCAUGCGGGCCUUCCUCCUCAUCCCAGCCCUUUCAGUCUUUCCACCCCACCACCCCACUUGGCCAGUUGCACACACAGAAGGCUGGGGCACAGCCUCUCCCUCCAGGUCAGAUUCCAGUGUCUUUUGCCUUACAUGGUGUCCCUGGGAAAAUUCCUUAUUUCUCUACUGCUUCAGCCUCACACAGUGUACAGAAAGCAGGCCCUUCCUUGGAAGAGAAGCUCAUAGUAUCUUGUGAUAUAAGUACAUCUGGGCAGGAACAAAUUAAAUUAAAUAAUUCUGAAGUUGGGCACAAAGCCAUAAGCCCAGGUUCCAGUAAGAACCAUCCCAGUUUAACGGCCAGUAACGGGGGUGCUGUAGAUGGAUGUGUAAGUGGUACCACCACUGCAGAGGCAGAAAAGGCUUCAGACCAAAACCUGUCAAAUGAAGAGAGUGGUGUAGGAGUAUUUCCCUCGCAAGAUCCUGUUCAGCCCAGAAUGCCUCCUUGGAUUUAUAAUGAAAGUUUGGUUCCAGAUGCCUAUAAGAAAAUUUUAGAAACCACAAUGACUCCAACUGGAAUAGACACUGCUAAACUUUAUCCCAUUCUGAUGUCAUCUGGACUUCCCAGAGAAACUCUUGGACAGAUAUGGGCCUUAGCUAAUCGAACUACACCUGGCAAACUUACUAAAGAAGAACUUUAUACCGUUCUCGCCAUGAUAGCAGUAACACAGAGGGGUGUUCCUGCCAUAAGUCCUGAUGCUUUAAACCAGUUCCCAGCAGCUCCUAUUCCAACUUUAAGUGGCUUUCCUAUGACUCUGCCUACUCCAGUGAGUCAGCCGACUGUGAUACCUUCAGGCCCUGGAGGCUCCAUGCCCCUCACCCUGGGACAGCCAGUCAUGGGCAUUAACCUUGUUGGACCAGUGGGUGGAGCUACAGCCCAGGCUUCUAGUGGCUUCAUGCCAACUUACCCUGCAAACCAAGUGGUAAAGCCAGAAGAAGAUGACUUCCAGGAUUUUCAAGAUGCUUCUAAGUCAGGAUCCCUUGAUGACUCAUUCAGCGAUUUCCAAGAGUUGCCGACUUCUUCAAAAACAAAUCAUUCCCAGCAUGGAAACAGUGCUCCAUCUCAUUUUGAUUUAUUUGGCUGGGUUUUUCUUCCAGGGGAAAGCUUUGCAGAAUUCAGAUCUGCAGGAACUGAUGAUGGUUUCACCGAUUUUAAAACAGCCGAUAGCGUAUCACCACUAGAGCCACCGACAAAGGACAAAACUUUUCCAGCAUCCUUCCCCUCAGGAACUAUCCAACAGAAACAACAAACACAAGUGAAAAAUCCUCUGAACUUAGCAGAGCUAGAUAUGUUUUCCUCAGCUAACUGCAGCAUCGAGAAACCAUUAUCUUUUUCAGCUGCAUUUAGCACAUCAAAGUCCGUUUCCACACAACCCCAGCCAACAGGUUCUGCUGCAACUAUGACAGCUUUGGCAUCCACUAAAACUUCUGGUUUGGCCGAUGAUUUUGGAGAAUUCAACCUUUUCGGGGAAUAUUCUAGUCUGGCAUCUGGUGGGGAGCAGGAUGACUUUGCAGAUUUUAUGGCUUUCAGUAACAGCUCUAUUUCAUCUGAGCAAAAGGCAGAUGACAAAUAUGAUGCCCUUAAAGAGGAAGCUAGUCCCACUUCUCUAACCAGCACCGUGGGCAGCACAGUGAAGAGCGGGCAGAACUCCACUGCUCCGUCCACCAAGUACGAUGUCUUCAAACAGCUUUCUCUGGAAGGAUCCGGACUAAGCGUGGAAGACCUGAAAGAUAACACUCCUUCAGGAAAAAGUGAUGAUGAUUUUGCUGACUUCCACUCCAGUAAGUUUUCUUCCAUGAGCUCGGACAAAUCCCUGGGAGAGAAAGCUGUGGCUUUUAGGCACACCAAAGAAGACUCAGCUUCAGUGAAGUCCUUGGAUCUCCCUUCCAUUGGUGGCAGCAGUGUUGGCAAGGAGGACUCUGAAGAUGCACUCUCUGUUCAGUUUGACAUGAAAUUGGCUGAUGUGGGAGGAGAUCUUAAGCAUGUCAUGUCUGAUAGCUCUUUGGAUUUACCAACAGUUAGUGGCCAGCAUCCUCCUGCUGCAGAUAUAGAGGACUUAAAAUAUGCUGCUUUUGGAAGCUACAGUAGCAAUUUUGCAGUGAGCACACAUACAAGCUAUGACUGGUCAGACAGGGACGAUGCAUCUCAGGGCAGAAAACUCUCUCCAUUUGUCCUCUCAGCAGGAAGUGGAUCCCCCUCAGCUGCCUCAGUUCUUCAAAAGAGAGAGACUUCCUUUGGCAGUUCAGACGUCAUCACCAUGACGUCUCUCUCCAAAGUAACGACCUUUGCAAGUGAAGACCCUCUUCCAGAGACUGCCUUCCCAGCUUUUGCCAGUUUUAAGGACACGAUUGGACAGACCUCCGAGCAAAAGGAAUAUGAAAGCAGGGACUAUAAAGAUUUGACAAGACAGGACCUACCUAUAGGUGAACGGAGCCAAGAGGCCUUGUGUCCAAGCCCAGCUUCCAGCAGUGCCUCUCACGAAACCCCCAAAGAAUGUUCAGAUGACUUUGGAGAGUUUCAAAGUGAAAAGCCCAAAAUUAGCAAAUUUGACUUUUUAGUAGCCAAUUCACAAAGCAAAAUGAAAUCCAGUGAAGAAAUGAUCAAAAGUGAGUUGGCAACAUUUGACCUUUCUGUUCAAGGGUCACACAAGAGGAGUUUGAGCCUUGGUGAUAAAGAAAUCAGCCGUUCUUCUCCUUCUCCAGCUGUGGAGCAGCCUUUCAGAGACCGCUCCAAUACUCUGAGUGAGAAACCGGCUCUGCCCGUCAUCCGUGACAAGUAUAAAGAUCUGACGGGAGAGGUAGAGGAAAAUGAGAGAUAUGCAUAUGAAUGGCAGAGGUGCCUGGGGAGUGCCCUGGAUGUCAUUACGAAAGCAAAUGAUACCUUAAAUGGAAUCAGUAGUAGUUCUGUCUGCACAGAAGUAAUUCAGUCAGCUCAAGGCAUGGAAUAUUUAUUGGGUGUUGUUGAAGUGUACAGGGUGACCAAGCGUGUGGAGCUGGGGAUAAAAGCCACUGCAGUGUGCAGUGAGAAACUCCAGCAGUUGCUGAAGGACAUCGAUAAAGUGUGGAAUAACCUGAUCGGCUUCAUGUCACUCGCCACACUCACACCAGAUGAAAAUUCGCUGGACUUUUCCUCCUGUAUGCUGCGGCCUGGGAUUAAAAACGCUCAAGAACUUGCUUGUGGGGUGUGCCUCUUAAAUGUGGACUCCAGGAGCCGAAAAGAAGAGAAACCUGCAGAAGAACGUCCUAAAAAAGCAUUCAACUCAGAAACAGACAGUUUCAAGCUGGCAUAUGGAGGGCACCAGUAUCACGCCAGCUGUGCCAACUUCUGGAUCAACUGUGUUGAACCAAAACCUCCUGGCCUCAUCCUGCCUGAUUUGCUCUGAAAAGCCUCCUCUGUGAAGACCAAUUUUUUUUUCUGUCAUACCCCAGGAGGCAACAGGGACCAAUAAACAGAAUUUGAGUACUGUAAAGUUCAUGUUCACAAAUCUGUAUGAAGAAUUCCCCCAAGAGGUAGGGUUGGAGGGGCCUCGUCAUUCCUGCAGUGCUCUGGUCCCUCAUUCCUGCUGCUAGUCUUUGGCACUGGAGUGAAAUGGCCCUACCUAAACCACACGUGGCCCUGGAAGUUUGCUCACUUACCGCUAUUUCUCUUAAACAAUAUUUUAAAAUAUGGACCAUGAUUUUCUUUAUCUAAGGAAUAAUUUGCUGCUGCAGUAUUGAAACUGUGAAGAAUCGACAUUUGAAGAAUAUUGUUGUGGGACUGGAAUUGCCACAACUGUUUUGAGCCAGUGCUUAUUUAUUUCUAAAACGCUUUUGUCCUGUGAAAUGGAAUGAGUUUAUCCACAUUUAGUUUGUGAAUAUCUGCAAUGAAUAAAAAGGGGAAAUUGUGAUUAAGCUGAUGCUGUACCUUUUCAUAGAGCAGAUUCUGCUCAUCUCCGCUGAACAACGGCAGGCAGGUAAGGGCAGAUUUUAGCAACUUUGCUGUCACAGCUGAACCAAUUCUUUGCUCCUUUUCUUCAUUUCUAAAACUGUCAACUCUCCAAAAGACUUUUUACCAAAACACGCCUGGGCAUUUUGCAGUGGUGAGAACAUUCACUUUGACAAGACACCCCAAAUCCUGUGUCUCAGGAUGAAUAUCCCUCCCCUUGGGAACCUUCACUGAAAACCGAUUUUGCCUCACACAAAGGCUGGAACGUGGAUCUCACACGAGACUUGGGAAGGCAGUGGAAUGAAAUCUCUUUGCAGUGGCCUCUCUCCAAAUUUCCAGAGAUACUGUUCAGGGACCAACACUGCCUGAGUUAGGAGUGUCACAAUAGAGACCUGAAAAUUAAUUCCGGGGGAAAUGUGGAGUUCCCAGCUUACUGCGAACAGUUCGUGUAUUUAUGUUAGUAAAGAUACAUGGUUGAGAAGCAGUGGAAGGAAAUUGUUCAAAAAAAACACUGAAUUUUAGAAGGAAAAGGCUCAUGUUCCUGGAAUAGGGAAUUGUCUCUGCCAUUUAAGCUGAAUGCAUUAAAAUAGGGGGGAAAAGCCAAGUGGCUAAAGGCUGUAUUAUUCUUAGGAAGAACAUACUGUUCCAGGACACACAUUUCUGUGAUGGCUGAUUAUGUGCUUUAUGAAGAAAUUCUAGGUCUCGUAUGCUUCAUUUUUGCUUCAUUUUGCAUGACUUGGGCUUUCUGACCUAGACUUAAUUUUGGUUUUUAAGCUGAAAAGGUUGCUUUAGUCUGUAUAAUUGCUGCUUUUACAUAAUUAGGAGUUUAUUUUCUCCUCUCAGGACAAGUUCUAUCUUGUUCCAUGUUACACCUCAUACACGUUCUCCAAGAAAGGUGUGGAAGAUUUUCGUUAAGCAGCUGUUGAUGAGGCUUCUGCUCUGCCUUGCUGUACACCAGAACGCACAGAGCAGCACUCAGGAGAUCCCUCUGCUGUUCUCAUUUGCGCCACAUGAUACCUUCUCUAGCUGCUAAUGACCAAGGCAGCUGCCUCUGAAUUGUCCCCUGCGGAGCUUUUGCCCUCCAUAGAGCUAAGUGGUGUUAGUAACAUCCCCACAGGUGGGCCGGUCUUCAGGCCUCCUCCUGAGGCCUCUGGGCUCUACUUCACCUUGGCAUCACAGGUAUUUCAACAUGGCACCAGGAUUCAAACAGGCUUCUAAUGAAUCUUAGAAAUCCCGUGGCAGAACCAUGACAAAAGAAUCCACUUUUGAGAUAACAAUGCUUCCUAGUUUGACAGAAUUUAUACUGCUGAAACAUUUUUUAGAAAUGGCUUAUGUGGACUAUUUUUCUGUCACAGUGGUCUGUAUCAGUGACAUUUUUAAAAGGAAGCUUAGCUGUUAACCCAAUUGGUUUCUAUUCCUAGAUAAAAUUCCAGAAUGUCUCAGAUAAAAUUCCUAGGUACAGUCCCCAUCUUCCUUACCAAGUAUGAUAGGUUUAGUAACUCCUUAGGAGAUGCAAGAGGAAAAUUCAGCAGACAUCAACAAAAAGACCUUGCUGUGGAAAGUAUCCACUACCUUUAAUAUCCGCUUUAGUACUUGAAACACUUAAUUAGACACUACCAAUAAGGAUUUGGGGGAGUCUGGAAUACCAUUGUGCCGCUUUUCUUUCUUUAUAGACUUUUAUUACAAUGACUCAACAUUGCAUUCAGCUUCACCUCAGCUCUUCUGUUAGCCAAGAGCCCAGUGUCCUUGGAAACCGUAACCAAGGUUACUUAUUUCCAUACUGUGCAUUGUGUCAGGCAGCUUCACCCCCACCGCUUGAAUGGCAUUAAUAAGCACUUUUUUGGUAUUGUGUUUUGCCUUUAAAAUUGUUAUGACUUCGUGUGUAAUUUAAUUUUUGUCUGGACAUGCUUGAGAUAGAAGAGGUGUGGUGGUGUAUUGGGAUGUUUUCCAUGCUUUAUUUUUCCCGUGGCUACUGGUUGGCCUUCCCCAGGAGCUGUGUAUCUCUAACUAUUUGAAUAUUUUGUGUACAUAUAUGUAUUUUGAAGGUUCAGUCUUAUUUGUUUAAAGAUGUCUUCCCCUCACCUAUUAGUGUGUUCUCAAGCUUUGAAAAGAUGAUAGGGGCCCCAUGUCACAGAAAUUUGAAAUACUUGCUCUGCCCAAGGGACCACUAUAAAAAUUCCCCUUCACACCUUCUCCGUCAAACACCUUUCUCUGUGAAUGGCUAAUAAACACUGACAUUUUCAGAGACAUCUGCCAUUCACAAGGGAGCAUUCUAGCCUGCUGUAGACCAUUUCAGGGUAUAUCAGAAUUCAGGGCAAGAUGUGUUUAGCCUGUGGUUAUGUUUGGUUACUUAGUAUUUUCUUUGUUAAAGUGUCCACCAAAUAACAAGACUGAUAAGCCCUCUCCUGGCAAGGUCAAGCUGAGGAAAUAAAGCUUAAGUAAAAUAGCUCUCGGCUGAAAAAUGCCACUUUACAAAUACUUUUCUAAGAAAAUUUUUACUUACAUUAUAGGUUGAAGUGAAUAUAGUGUAAAUAUCUAAAAGAAAGUAUUCAUGUGUGAUGCCUGAUUAUUUUGUGGCUGUGGGUCCCUAGUGAAAUGGGUUGCCUUGUAUGUGAUGUGGAAUUUGGUCUUGUACUUUAAAAGAUGGUGUGGUUUUUUUCUUUUGCUUAUAUUUUAAUAAACAAUUGCCCUGA